CCAUGCAGACUGUUGGCAUUGAAGUGGUUGUGCUCCUCUGUCAUGGGCGAAUGGAAGAUGUCUACUUCCAGUCAGAUCCUGCUCCUGUGAAGUCAUCGCUUCGAUUUACUCUGUUUGUUCUGGGAGUGCCUCCUCUAUGUGGAGUUUAGCAGCAGGACCCUCUCAGACAAAAAUGGGUGACUUCUUAAACAGCACGUUUGCCCCCAAUAAGAGCCUUGGCCCUUACCGCUGCCAGUUCAACGAGGACUUCAAGUACAUCCUGCUGCCGGUCAGCUACGGCCUGGUGUUCGUGGUGGGCCUGGUCCUGAACGCCGUGACCCUCUACGUCAUCCUCUUCCGCACCCGGAGCUGGACGUCCAGCACCAUCUACAUGUUCAACCUGACGGUGUGUGACACGCUCUACAUCCUUACGCUGCCCUUCCUCGUCUACUACUACGCCGACGAGAACGACUGGCCAUUCGGCGAGGCCCUGUGCAAGCUGAUCCGCUUCCUCUUCUACGCCAAUCUCUACGGCAGCAUCCUCUUCCUCUGUUGCAUCAGCCUGCACCGCUUCCUGGGCAUCUGCUACCCGGUCCACUCGCUGGGCUGGGUCAGCACCCGGCGGGCGCGCUUGGUGUCCGCCUGCGUCUGGCUCAUCGUGGGCGUCUUCCAGGCACCCGUGCUCUACUUCUCGCGCACGCACGACGACGGCACGGGCGUGGACCGCACAUGCUACGACACCACCAGCGAGGACCUCUUCGACGACUUCAUGGUGUACACCAUGGCCGUGUCGGUGCUGCUCUUCGCGCUGCCCUUCAUGGUGCUCAUGGUGUGCUACGGGCUCAUGGUGCGGAAGCUUCUGGAGCCCACGCAGGUGGGCGAGGGCAUGGGCUCGUCGCGCUGCAAGCAGAAGUCGGUGAAGAUGAUCAUCAUCGUGCUGGCCGUCUUCAUGCUCUGCUUCCUGCCCUUCUUCCUGACCCGCAGCCUCUACUACAGCUUCCGCUACCUGGACGAGCAGAUCAGCUGUAGCCAGCUGGAGUCCGCCAGCAUCGCCUACAAGGUCACCCGGCCGUUGGCUAGUGCCAACAGCUGCCUGGACCCUGUCCUGUACUUUAUGGCCGGCCAGGGCUUCCGUCGGAAAAUCACCAGACGGACUAAAUCCAGAACUCCGCAGAAGGUCAAGACCCUGUCCACUCAGCUGUGAUGCUUUGCAAAGGCUUGCUGGGAAGGACUGAAUAGAGAAUGUGACAGGACAGGGUCAUGGAUGUACAGUAUAAGACUGAUGUAACUGCAGAACAAUGCACGGAGAGCAGAAGCAGUUACACUUACAAAUGCAGAAC